AGCCUUGUGCAGGAAUCAAGUGCGCAUGAGCACUCUUGAACACCAGCUUGGUGGUGCUCAGGGGAUCAAGGCUGUGUACCUGUGCAGACUGGGCUGGAUCUGGGCAUAGGCACAACUUCCUGGCUCUUCGGGGCCGGGGCCCUGCUCUCAGCGGGCAACUGCUCUCCAGCCUCCUGUCCUUGGCCUGCCUGGACUGCCAGAAGCCGGGGUGGCCAGACCAUCCCUGUGAACCUGCAGAGCUCCAGGCUGCAGGAAGGGGCCAAGGCCAAUUGCACCAUAUUCGGAACACGUGAGCAACUGGGGCCCAGGUUAGGGAGGAGCAUCUUGGUGGGGAAGAGCUAGGCCUCUUGCAAGGCAGCCAUCUUCCAGGGAAUCUGACCUCACUGUCUUGUCACCUGCGAGAUUCAUAUUUUGACCACCUCACCUCCAUCAGCUCCUUCAUAGAUUCUCUGUUCCCAGCACAGGCAGAGCAGGAAGAUGUCGGAACCUAAGGCCAUGAGCCUGCUGGAGGACUGGUGUAGAGGCAUGGGACUGGACAUCCACAGGUCUCUGUUGGUCACUGGCAUCCCCGAACACUGUGGUCACGCAGAGAUCGAGGAGACCUUGAACGGGGUCCUCUUGCCCCUGGGCACGUACCGUGUGCUCAACAAAAUUUUUUUGCGGCAAGAGAACGUCAAGGCUGCUCUCGUUGAGGUUAGCGAGGGUGUGAAUCUCAGCUCUAUACCCCGCGAGUUCCCAGGGAGGGGCGGUGUCUGGAAAGUGGUCUGCAGGAACCCCACCCAGGACGCUGAGUUCUUAAAAAAUCUCAACGAAUUCCUGGAUGCCGAAGGGCGCACUUGGGAGGAUGUGGUGCGCCUCUUGAGGUUUAACCACCACCCGGCAUUCCCGAACUCAAGCCAGCCUUCACCGAACUGGGCAGAAGCCAUGGGGUUGCUCCUGGGCGCGGUGGUACAGGUUAUCUUUUACAUGGAUGCUGAAAUCCGUAAUCGGGAGGAAGAAGCGAGGGCUGAGGAGUCUGAGUUGAGGGCGUCUUGGGCUUCAACAGCGACGAAGACGGUAAAGAAGGAGCCCGGGCUGGGCGUUGAGGUGGGCUCGGCUUUCAAGACAGAGGACAGAAACUAUUGGAGGAAAGCAGAGGACCGCGGCGACCCUCCAAAACCUCUAGUUCACAGGGCUGGAGGUAAGCUUCGUUCCAGGAGAAGGAAGCAGAAAAAAAAUCCUAAGCAAGAACCAAUAUACUGGAGAAAACCCCACGGCAACAAUUACUACAACAAGGCGUAUUUGGAAAGCCCUGAAGCUGCGCCUGCCCAAAGCUCAGAGACCCCAGACUCUGUUAAGAGCAACAAAAAACCCUUCGUGAAGCAGGAGGAGACAGUUUGGAAGAAGAAACGAGUCUGGAAGGAUCCCAACGAUCUUCCUCAGCGUACACUGCCCACAGCAGAGAGUCCUGGGAGUCUAGAGCACUCAGAUCAAGACGGUGAACCUGAAAACCCUCCCAAGAAGAAAGCCAUGACCUGGGCUUCACAUAAGAUCCCUGCCCCCACGAGGAAGAAGAGGAAGAUGAGCGUGGGCUCUCUCUCUUGUGUUCUGGUUGAUUCCGAAGCCACCAAGAGCAAAGCUGUGAUUCCUAAGAAAGGGCCUAGUUCUAGAAGGGCCAUGUCAGCUCAAAGGGCUCCUGGGGGGGCCCAGUCGGCUGAUGCCCCCGCGUCAACAUCCAGGGCUCGGAAGUCAGGAGGCUUCCCUCGUGUCUCCAAAGAUCCCAGCAAUCUAUGAUUCGGGGAGCCCUGUACCCGAGGAGACGGAAGAGUACCAAGGAAGAUGUUUCAAGUCGCGAGCAAACUUUUUCUUUGUGGUUGACUUUGGACUAUCUGGGGGCCCGUGAUAUGUGUGCGUGUCUGGCCCACACAGGUAACAGAUGCCAGGCCUUAGGAGGGGAGGAUUGUCGGGGGCGGGUACCCUCUUUGUGUGUUUUCCUCAGCUGGCACUUCUUCUCAAAGGCAGAAGAGGUGAUGAGUAGCUUCAGAGAAUUCCAGAACAUUCUUUCCCCUUUGCCCAGAGGGGCUUCAUGGUUAUGCUUACCUACAUUGAGCCUUUAUUGUCCUCUGCCUCCUUCCUUUUCUUCUGGAGGCCCAGGCCGCCUGCAGAGCCUGAAGUCCAGAAGGACAGGGUGGCUGUUUUGUCCCUUGUGUUGUCAGCAUUUGGUAAGUCAGGCCUUGCUCUUCAAAGCUUCGUGUGUGUGUUUUUCAAGUUCUGUCCUACAGCAACCUAACUGGAAGUUGUUUAGGUCCCAGGAGUUAGUUCUGGGGAAACAAAACAAAACAAACAUCUGUUUGCCCUUGAAUUCUUCAGAUUUCAGAGUCUUUAAAGAAACUGAGGGCAGGACAGAUGGCUUAGUGGGUAAGAGGGCUUGCAAUACAAACACAAAGACCUGCGUUCUAGUCCUUAGGAGGCUUGGAAAAAGGCCAGGCAUGACUGCCCUGGCCCGUAACACCAGCAUCGGGUCUUGGAUACAAGUAGAGCCCAACAACUUGCUGGGCAGCCAACAUAUCUGAAAUAAUAAGCUUCUGGGCUGGGGAAUCUCCCAGUGAGGGGCUAGGGGUGUGGCUCAGUGGUAGAGCCCCUGCUAGUAUAUGGAAGGCUCUGGGUUCUAGUUUCAGAACCAAUAAAAAACAAAAUGGAAUAAAAAUGGCACUUUAGUUCCCAAAUGGGUUAAUGUUCUCUCAAGGAAGCCCGUGGUGGGUAGGAGAGGUUGGUAGAUAAAAAUCAGUUUUUAGCUCUAAUUCUGUUGACUUCUAUGAGACCCCCUGUCUUUGAGGGGGGAUCAGUUACUUACAUAAUAGUAAGAAAGGGAAAACCUCUCUCUUUUCAAAAGUGUAUUUAAAAUAGACUGAUUUCUGUCCUCUGAUUUCUGCCAUGUGAAGGAGUCUGGAUGGUACGUCGCUACAUCCUAAGGAUUUUUUUUUAAUGUUAAAAGGUAUGAAAGAGAGGCUAGAGAUAUGGUUCAGGGAGAAAAGGGGCUUGUCACUAAGCCCCAGUCUCUGGGUUCAAUCCCUGGCAUCUACAUGAUGGAAAGAGAGAAGCAACUCCAGAGAGUCCCCCUCUGCCCUCCACAAUCAUUCCAUGGCAUGAGCAUACCAGUGAAUAAAUAUAAUUAAAAAGAGAAGCAACUCCAGAGAGUCCCCUCUGGCCUCCACAAUCAUUCCAUGGCAUGAUCAUACCAGUGCAUAAAUAUAAUAAAAAAGUUUGACAUUCAAAAUAAAAUAAUGACACACGGAUGUAAUCCCAGCAUGUGGAGGCUGAGGCAGGAGAAUUGCUAUUAGUUCAAGGCCUGCUUGGGCUAAAGAGUAAGACCCUGUCUCAAAGUAAAUAAGUAAAUAGGAACUUUUUUUUAAAGUGUAGAAAAGUGAUAACUAUGUUGUAAUCCAAAAUACUGGAAUAUUCCCUUGUGUGCAUAGAAUAAGUGUAACUAGUCAUUGGCACUGUACAUUGUAUAUAAUCGCAUUUUUCUCUCUGUGUGUGUGUGUUCAUCUGUGCAGAUGAGCACGUGUGUGGAGGCAGAUUGCCUUCGGUGUUCACUCCUCAGCCACCAACGGCCUUUUCAUGAGACACAGUCUUCUCACUGGCUUGAAACUGGCUAGGAGGCUGGCGGGGCAGAGGAUGCUAGGGAUCUUCCGGUCUGUCUCCCCAGCACAGGGGCUUCUAGCCUUGCUACAAUGUUGCCUUUUUUUUUUUUUUUUUACUGCACAGGUUUUGGGGAUCAAAUUCAGAUCUUUGUCCUUGAAACAUAGUUUCCUAACUGAGGUGUUGUGCACCACGCCUACUCUCUAAUUAAAGUUUCUUCUAGAUGUGAACUUUGAGGAGAAAGGUACGAAGGAAGUGGACGAAUUUGGUCGGGAAGUGGAGGGAUUUGGUCCCCUGCGCGUUCCAUAACAUAAAGUCCAAAGUGAGUCUGCAGCUGUGCGUUUCCCUUUCCUGUUCAGCUGUGAUUGACAACAGAGCCCCUUGCUAAUCUGGGCUGACCUGAUACCCAGUUGGGUUUCUGUCCUGGAUUUCCUUCCAGCCCUUGUGAGUUUUCAAGCUCUCUUCCCGCUUCAGUUUUCUUGAUUCAGAAACUGUCAUCAGUUGUUAGACAUUUGUCAGUGAAUCCGUCAACCACCAGGCCCAAUUCUCAUGAUAAUCCCGAGACACCUUCGUUGAAAUAGUGCAUUGAUGUAACAAUCAAUGAAUUUAAAUGUGUGAGUGUAAAAUAAAGUUGUGCAAAUGAA